CUUGUCCAUCAGACCACCUUUUAAUUGUGAAAGAGGGAUCGGCAAACCAGGAAGAGGAAAAUCCUUACCAGGGUUCACUGAGAAGGGAUACAAGCACCUCUUAAGCCUCUGGGACAGGAAAGGAACAGCAGAGAGGCAGCCCUUUGGAGUUGUUUGAAGAAAAGCGGACUUACUUAACUGUGUGUGGUGUUCUACUCUCUGGGAGACUUUGAGGACUGCAGUUAAGAGAAGCCAGCUAGACAUUUCAUCUGCCUUAAGAAAGCCAAGAGGAACUUGCCACCUUCUAAAUGGGAACAGUAAACUGUGAAGUUGGAAGUUGGUCUUUUUAAGAUGCCUGUACAGGGGUUACAGCCUAGUUAAAACCUGACAUUCAACCUCUUCAUUCAAGUUUCUGCCCUGCCUAAUCCAGCUUCUUUCAACAAAGAGGAGACAAUCAAUGAAGGUCAAGGACUCACUGAAAGAAAUGCAAAAUGCAGAAACUUAGUGACUGGCUGGAACAUCAUAACUGCAUGUGUAUCAGUGGAAAGGAACAAUUUGUUUCUGUCAACAAAGAGGAGACAAUGGAGGUGGAGGACUCACCAAAAGAAAUGCAGAAAAAUAGUGACUGGCUGGAACAUCAUAACUGCAUGCCUAUCAGUGGAGAGGAACAAUUUGGUGUACGUCACCAAGAAAAAUAUAGAACAACUCGAUCUGAAACUCUUCACAGACGUGCUUACUGCCUCCUCCUUGUUGUGUUCAACAUAAUACCUAUGGCUAUAACUUGUGUUGCUUGUAUAGUAAUACAUAUGGAAGCAGUCUCAGAAAUGCAUGUGCAUCUCCCCUGCCCACCAAUGUGGAUUGGAUUUGGAAACAAGUGCUUUUAUUUUUCUGAAGACGCAGGGAAUUGGACAUUUAGCCAGACUUCCUGCAACUCAUUGGAAGCUAAUCUUGUUCAGAUUGACACUGAAGACGAACUGAAAUUUAUGAAAAGAUAUAAAGGCCCCUAUGAUCAUUGGAUAGGCCUUAGCAGAGAAUCGCCAAGUCAUGCUUGGGAAUGGACCAAUAAUCCUGGAGGCAACAUUGUUUUUCAGGUCAGAGGAACUGGGGAAUAUGCUUACUUGAGUGACAAAGGUGUGAGUAGUGGCAGGAUUUACUCAGACAAGAAAUGGAUUUGUAGCAAAUCAAAUGUCUCUGCUUGUCAAGUUACUUGAAACCCAUAACUGCAUUGUGCUUGUUAUCUACAGUUACUGAAUGCUUUUCUCAAAGUGUUGACUAAAAAAUGUGUAAUAUUAGUUGACAGCAAAGAUGAAAACUGAGUCAGAGAGAAUCGCAGAAUUCUCCAAAUGAAAGAAAUUUGGGGCCAAAAUGAAACAGAUUUGGGACAACAUGAUUGUAAAUUAAAUAGACCUUUAGGUUGGAGUUAAUACUUGUAACUUGAAUCCAGAGAAAAAAUCAGUAUCACAACUCCAGUUCUAUAAUAUACAUAAAACUUUCCCUGCAUAUACUGUUAUUUUCCUUACAAACACUAGGCAUAAAAAUAGUUGUUUGAUAAAACUAGAAAAAAUCUUUUUAAUAACCCAUGAGACAAAUCUAAGUGAUUUUGUAAUUUAAAAUAUGUUGAUACACUGAGAGUUCUUUUGCUGUCUGUUACACGCGUAAGGAGAUACUUUUAAAGUAAUAUUAUGAAGCAAUAUUCUUUUUAUUUUUACUUUGUUCAUUAAUAUUUAUUGGCGCCUAUAGUGUUCAAGGCACUAUGCUAGGCACUGGAGCAAAUACAAAUAUCAAGUCAACAAGACUGCCCUCGGAGAACUUACAGUCUAGUUUUGAAGGAGCACAUGGUCUCCGGAAAAUUUUUUAGGUGUAGAUAACUGAUUCCUCCCCCCAAAAGAAACUUAAGUUUACCCAAUUUAUUUCAUUCAUUUGCUUUAGUUCAACAGUUUCACAUAAAAAGCAUUAAAUCUGAAAAUCUUUUUAAUGCAUACUUUCACUCAUAAACAAAAUUGUUUCAUUAGAAAAAAUGUGGAAUAUUUAUUACAAUUAUGAAAAUCUUCCCACAUCUCUUAUGUUUCCACUUUUUCUAUUAUUUGUAAACAAUUUCUGAAACUGCAUCAAAAACAUGCAAGAAUUUAUAGCUGUAAACAGGUGAUGCAAUAUUCUUAUGCUCUGCAUUUUAAAGAAUUCUACUUACUAACAAAAUAAUUUUUACACUUUAGCAUGUUCACUUUGAGUUAACAUACAGAGUAUUACCAUUCUUGGGCUGAAGAGCUCCUUGAAGUAGUAGAGCACAUGCCUAGAAUGCUUGAUGCCCUGGAUUUGAUGCCAUCCCCUGACACCCACAGCUCAGCCCUGAUAGUCCUCAGUACAGCUGAUGAUCCCUUGACUCAGCCUCGCAUCAAGUUGUGAGACCCAAAUUCAGGCCUGAGAGUAACUGGGAGUGUCUAUCUCACAUCCUGAGCCCUUAUAAUAAUAUAAAACUAAAUAAUUAAAAUUAUAACUAAAUAAUUAAAAUUUUUUUAAAAACGGCCAAGACCCAGAGACUGUAAAACCCUGCUCCCAGAAGAGAACAGCACAGAGUCUCCUGCCUCCGCAUCUGGCUAUCCUCACCGGGGCCCCUUGGAGGAGUGUGAAUUGAGUUUCCCUCCCCAUCCUGAGCAGAGCCCCGGCAGCUGAAGACCUCCAGUUCCAGUCACAGCCAUGCUCAAGACCACUCUCCACACGUUCAAAUGAGCCUCACGCAUGAAGGAACCAGCAGAGGAACCCAGGUGUGCAGGACUCGGGGCGUAGAUCUCCAAGCCUGCUCGGAUUGGGACUGGGGCCUUCUUUAUCCAGAUCCCCCAUCUUCCAGGCGUUACACCCACCAACUCCCCCAGCGCCGUGUAAUCCCAUCAACAGCCAAGACCCAGAGAUUAUAAAACCCUGCUCCUGGAAGUGCGCGGCCACAACUGCGGCUGCACAACAUCUUACUAUCUAGGUCUUACUCUGGAGAACCUGGCAGGCUACCAGAAGUAUUCUGCCCACACGGCAGAGUCUGGCAAACUCCCUGUGGCAUAUUCAAUAUGCCAAAAACCAGUAACAAUGAUGGGUCUCAUUCUCCUGACCCUCAAAGAGCCUCAAAUGUGGCACAUUUUAAAAUCUCAGGGCUAGGACGAAGGAGAUGUUACUGGGACCUGUUCAAGGCAAUCGAUGACCAACAGGGUGGCAGUGAAUUAAAAUUAAAAUAUUAGGAAAUAAAAAAUAUAUCAUGUUUUAUUUAAACUACUUUUAUGACAGAUUGAAAUGGUGAGACUCUUUUAGGCAAUGGGUAUCCAAGUAGAUAUAUUUAUAUGCUUUUGGGUUUAUAAGCAGUAAUGCUUUGGAUUAUGGGUUACGCUGUACUGAGGAGUUCCAAAUAGGAUGAAAUAACAAUGCACAAUGCACAAACUGUCUCAUAGACAUGUACAAAAAAAUCAAUAAAAAAUUUGUAAAUUCUUUUUAAAUAUAAUUGU